AUGGGCACCAGCCUGAGGACUAAGGUCUUGGAGCCGUUGGUGCUCGGGCCUGCUAGAAGCGGUCAGCUGAAAAAACCUGUCUUGGUCAUCACCAUCACCGAUGGACAGCCUGCUGGAGAACCAAACGGUGCGGUAUCUGAUGCUAUCAGGUCUGCGAGCGCCGAACUGAGAGCGCUCCCCCAGUAUGGGCCUGGAGCCAUCUCGUUCCAGUUUGCGCAGGUUGGGAAUGACUUGAAAGCGCGUGAGUUCUUAGGCAAACUCGACGAGGAGCCCGGUAUCGGUGACCUCAUCGACUGCACAUCCAACUUUGAAGUGGAGCAGGAUGAAAUGUCCCGUGCCAACCCACCAGUUGACCUAACCCCAGAACUCUGGCUCACGAAAAUGAUCCUCGGCGCUAUCGACUCCUCCUACGACACCAAGGAUGAGAAAUCUAGCCGGCCCUCCGCUGGCGGCCACCGUCCUCCACCCCCACAGACCCAAUACGGCGCCCCGCCACCACAGGGACAACAGCCACAGUACGGCGGAUAUCCUGGAGCCGGAGGAGCUCCCCCACAGCAAGGCGGUUAUGGCGGCUAUGGGCAGCCGCCACCGCAGCAGGGAGGUUAUGGCCAGCAGCCACCCCAGCAGGGCGGCUACGGUCAUCCCCCGCAAGGCGGUCAAGGGGGUUAUCCACCGCGGUAUUAG